AUGGAUGCCCCGCCGAAAGCCCGGCGGGGACCGCGGCCGCGCCUCUGGGAGACGCUUGCGGCGGGCCUGUGCCUGGCCUGGGCAGCCUGUGCCCUGCCGAGCUGUGGCCAUGGCUUCUCCGCCGGGGUUGGACUUUCUGGGCUCUUUGGGCUCGCAGGCCGCAGCGGGGCUCCGCUACGGGCCGUUGCGGUCGAGGAGUCCGUGAAGAGCUCCCGGCCGUGGAAGCCGGCUCGGCCCCCUCUGGUGCCGAUGCUCUUCGAGACCUUCAAUGUAUCAGACAACACCGAUGUGAAGGCGAUCGCUGGGUACAUCUCCGGAGUGCUUGAGGAGUCUGAAACCCUUCGCAUUGUAGACAUGAAGGUGAUGACACGGAAGGCUCGGAGUAAGGCCCUCUACAUCUUAGCCUACAUCAAUGCUAAAGAGGUUCGGACCACAGCCCAGAUUCUGCCACGACAGCGGGAUGGUCGCUGCAGGCUCCGCAUCAUCCGUGACUUCCCCGUCACCGAAGAUCCCGAGCCGGCGGUGCUCCGCGUGGGCUCUAACACGAACGCCACGGCUCUCGCGAACCUUAUCGCGUAUCGCCUGCGCUCCGUGGAGACGAUGGGAGGUGAUAGCCGAGCUAACACCGUGAAACUGGAGCUGCUGGGCACCGCCGCGUCCUCUUUAGCCUUAAUGGCUGUGGAGAAGGCCCACUGUAUGACCUCCCGGGAAAUGGCAGUGGUGGCGCGCUUUGCGAAGAGCGAUGAAGGCGAGGAUGAACGGCCGAUCAUCUCUGCCACAGUGACGGCCACGUGA